CUUCCUUUGAAAACCGCAACUUCCAUCUGUAGCAACCUCAACGCUUUCACUUCUUGCCUUAAAACUCAACCUUCCUUCGAUUGACCCUACGGAUGGCAGGGAAACAUAUGAUUUGAGCCCUGCCUUGCUUGAUAUAGACACCUGGUUAAUAUUAUAAGCUACUGGAAUUGAUAGCUAACAUCAAGAUUGCGGGGAGGCUGCAUCCAUUGCACAAUGGACGCCCAGAACAAGCCGCAAAUCUUAGAGCACCUUCAUAAAAGCUUGACGGUCACCCUCUACGAUUGCAAGUGGAUACCGGGGAGCGCCAAGUUUGUAACGUUGGGCUCUUACGCAAGGAAUACAGGUUGCCUCCAGGUCUACGAACUCGACGGUCCAGAGCUUAAAUGCGUGAAGGAGACCGAGAAGAAGCAAUCCUUCAAGUGCGGCACCUUUGGUGCUUCCUCCCUGGCCGAGCGGCGCCUAGCUACGGGCAACUUUGGCGGAGAGCUGCAGAUUUGGGACCUGGAAAACACGACACAGCCGGUGUUUUCCGCACAAGCGCAUGCGUCUAUAGUGAACGCUGUCGACGGGUGCGGUGGACAGGCUAAGGGGUACGGCGCCCCCGAGCUCGUCACGUGCGGGAGAGACGGCUGCGUGCGGGUAUGGGACGUACGGCAACAGGAUGCGCCUGUGGCUGCCUUCGAGCCCGCCGACCCAAACAACAUCAGGGACUGCUGGUGCGUUUCCUUUGGCAACUCCUACAAUGAUGAGGAGCGCUGCGUGCUGGCGGGCUACGACAAUGGCGAUGUCAAGAUGUUCGAUCUGCGCAUGAACAAGGUGCGGUGGGAGACGAACGUGAAGAACGGCGUGUGCGGAGUGCAGUUCGACCGCAAAGACAUCGCAAUGAACAAGUUCGUGGUGACAUGCUUGGAGGCGCAAUUCCACGUCUUUGACGCGCGCACGCAGCACCCCAAAAAGGGCUUUGCGAGCGUGUCGGAGAAGAUCAGCGCGGGCGCCACCGUGUGGGGCUGCCACCACCUGCCGCAGAACCGCGAGGUGUGCAUGGUGGCGGCGGGAGACGGCAACCUCUACCUCUACAAGUACCACUACCCGGACCAGCGGAAGGUCAAGGACCACGACGGCCAUGAGCUGGGCGUUGCGGGAUCCAUCGAGAUGCUCAACUACAAGAACCUCAGCACGCAACCCGUGUCGGGAUUCGACUGGAGCCCGGACAAGGAGGGCUUGUUCGUGUGCGUGGCGUUCGACCAGUGCGUGCGCGUGGGAAUCACCACCAAGCUCAAC